AUGAAGCACUCGGUGGCCGCUUGGCUCUUGGUCGGGCUCAGCUUCUGUGUCCCCCAGUUCUGCAAAGGUGAUAGUUGUGAUCCCAAUCCAUGCGAAAAUGGGGGCAUCUGCUUGUCAGGCUUGUCUGAAGAUUCCUUUACCUGUGAGUGUCCGGACGGCUUCACAGAUCCCAACUGUUCUAGUGUUGUGGAGGUUGCCUCAGAUGAGGAAGAGCCAACUUCAGCAGGUCCCUGCAUUCCUAACCCAUGCCAUAAUGGAGGAACCUGUGAAAUAAGUGAAGCGUAUCGCGGGGACACAUUCAUAGGCUAUGUUUGUAAAUGUCCCCGAGGAUUCAAUGGGAUUCACUGUCAGCACAACAUAAAUGAAUGUGAAGCUGAGCCUUGCAAAAAUGGUGGAAUAUGUACAGACCUUGUUGCUAACUAUUCCUGUGAGUGCCCAGGUGAAUUCAUGGGAAGAAAUUGUCAAUACAAAUGCUCGGGCCCAUUGGGAAUUGAAGGUGGAAUCAUAUCAAAUCAGCAAAUCACAGCUUCAUCGACCCACCGAGCUCUUUUUGGACUCCAGAAGUGGUAUCCCUACUAUGCUCGCCUUAAUAAGAAGGGGCUUAUAAAUGCCUGGACAGCAGCAGAAAACGACAGAUGGUCAUGGAUUCAGAUAAAUUUACAAAGAAAAAUGAGAGUUACUGGUGUAAUUACCCAAGGAGCCAAGAGGAUUGGAAGCCCAGAAUAUAUAAAAUCCUACAAAAUUGCCUAUAGUAAUGAUGGAAAGACUUGGACAAUGUACAAAGUGAAAGGCACCAAUGAAGACAUGGUGUUCCGUGGAAAUGUUGAUAACAACACACCCUAUGCUAACUCUUUCACACCCCCCAUCAAAGCUCAGUAUGUAAGACUUUAUCCCCAAGUUUGUCGAAGACACUGUACUUUGAGAAUGGAACUUCUUGGAUGCGAACUAUCAGGCUGUUCUGAGCCUCUGGGGAUGAAAUCGGGGCAUAUACAGGACUAUCAGAUCACUGCCUCCAGCGUCUUCAGAACUCUCAAUAUGGACAUGUUCACUUGGGAGCCAAGGAAAGCUCGGCUGGACAAGCAGGGCAAAGUGAAUGCCUGGACCUCCGGCCACAAUGACCAGUCACAGUGGUUACAGGUAGAUCUUCUUGUCCCUACCAAAGUGACAGGCAUCAUUACACAAGGAGCUAAAGAUUUUGGUCAUGUACAGUUCGUAGGCUCCUACAAACUGGCUUACAGCAAUGACGGAGAGCACUGGACUGUGUACCAAGAUGAAAAACAAAGAAAAGAUAAGGUGUUCCAGGGCAAUUUUGACAACGAUACCCACAGAAAAAACGUCAUCGACCCUCCGAUCCACGCGCGGCACAUAAGGAUCCUUCCUUGGUCCUGGUAUGGGAGGAUCACACUGCGGUCAGAGCUGCUGGGCUGCACAGAGCAGGAGUGA